UUCCUCCCUCUCGUGUAGUCGUGUGUGUCUCUGUGUUGUGUUUUGGUAUGCGGGUUUGGUCCCAAUUCUCUCUCUCUCUCUCCUAACUAGUGUUCCGGCGGGAGAGAAGGAAGUAAAAGAGUAGAAGAAAACAAUUCCUGUGCUUUUACGAAACUGUUUUCUGUGCUUUCUAUCUAUUCGUCCACCCCUUCUUCUUCUUCUUAUUCUUGCUAUACUUCCAUAACCGAGUCCAAGAGUUUUCUCUCUUUGAGGAUCUUGCUUAAAUUGCUUAGGGGCUUGGCUUGACCCUCUUGGAGGCGCAAUUCAGUGUGGUGGGAACAGAUUUUCUUCUGUUGAAUUUGGCAUCUCUUCUGAACACUUGUGGUUAUCUUACUGUACAUGUGUGUUAUUUUGAAGGCAGUUCCGAAUGGAUGCGCCUUCAAAGAUACCUGGUUCAGGUGACUCUCGAGGUAUAGACAAAGUUCCAGCAGCAAACAUUUCUGAGAGGCUGAGAAAUGCGUGGGCCAUCCCCCUUGGAACUAAUGCAUAUCAUGCCGCAACAGAUGUUAGCUUGUUCUCCAGCUCAUUGCCUGUUCUUCCACAUGAAAAAUUAAUCCCCAAUGACUCUGAGCAAUUUGGCCAAUCGGUUGAUGAUAACACACCUACACUAGGUGAAUUUAAUUUAGAAGAGGAAGGUAAAGGCCCAUUUGAAGCGGAUGAAACAAGGAUGGUUGGGAACAUUCUUCCUGGGGAUGAGGAUGAGCUAUUAGCCGGCAUAAUGGAUGAUUUUGACCUUAGUGGAUUGCCUUCUCAACUGGAGGACUUAGAUGAUGAUUUCUUUGGCAGUGGAGGGGGAUUAGAAAUGGAACAAGAUCUCCAGGAGAACCUACUUAACGGUUUUGCAAGGUUGAGUAUACCUGACGGUAUUCCUGGAGCUAGCAUUGCACAAUAUAGCUUUUCCAAUGGUUCUGCAACAGUUGCUGGAGAACACCCGUAUGGAGAGCACCCUUCGAGGACACUGUUUGUUCGGAACAUAAAUAGUAAUGUAGAGGACUCUGAAUUGAGAUAUCUAUUUGAGCAAUAUGGCGAUAUCAGAACAUUAUAUACAGCAUGUAAACACAGGGGAUUUGUGAUGAUAUCUUACUAUGAUAUCCGAGCGGCUCGAACUGCAAUGCGUGCUCUGCAAAAUAAGCCUUUAAGACGGAGAAAACUUGAUAUUCAUUUUUCAAUCCCAAAGGAAAAUCCAUCAGAGAAAGACAUUAACCAAGGAACUCUUGUUGUGUUCAAUUUGGAUUCUUCAGUAUCCAAUGAGGACCUUCGACAAAUAUUUGGGGCUUAUGGUGAAGUCAAGGAGAUCAGGGAAACACCACAUAAACGGCACCAUAAAUUCAUUGAAUUCUAUGAUGUUAGAGCUGCUGACGCUGCUCUUAAGGCUUUAAAUAGAAGUGAUAUUGCUGGGAAGCGGAUAAAGCUUGAACCUAGCCGGCCUGGUGGAGCCCGUCGGAACUUGAUGCAACAAUUGAGUCAAGACAUGGAGCUUGAUGAUGUCCGAUCUUUUCGGAAUCCAGUUGGUUCACCAGUUGCUAGCUCUCCUCCAGGCAGCUGGCCAAAUUUUGGCAGUCCGGUUGAGCCGAGUCAAUCACACAACUAUAGUAAAUCUCCUGGUUUAAGAAAUUUCAGCCCCGUAAAUAACAGUAUGUCUGGGUUGGCCUCCAUUCUUCCGCCUCAGCUCUCAAACCCUGGAAAGAUUGCACCGAUUGGUAAAGACCCCGGAAGGGUUAGUCAUGUCAGCCAGGUUAGUACUGAUACUCUUUCAGCCCAAGCAGUUGCUUAUCAGCAUUGUUAUUCAUUCCCUGAGCAGAAGCUUAGUUCGAGUUCUGGACCUGUCUCAUUUGACGACUCUAAGCCAUCUGGAAUCGGGACGCUUUCUGGUCCUCAAUUUCUUUGGGGAAGCCCGCCUGUUCACUCAGAGCGUAAUGACUCUUCUAUCUGGUCGACAUCAUCAAUGGGGGGUCACCCGUUUGGUUCCAAUGCUCAAGGACAAGGCUAUCCAUAUUCCCGUCGGCAGGGCUCACUCCUUGGCUCUCACCAUCAUGUGGGGUCCGCGCCUUCUGGAAUUCCCUUGGAAAGGCAUUUUGGUUUUUUCCCCGAAUCACCUGAAACAACAUAUCUAAGUCCAGCUGCCUUUGGCACUGCAAGCUCUAGUCGUAAUAAUGGAAGCCGGGGAAUGGGUAUAGGUUCCCCUGGGGUUAUGAACAUGGGAGUUACUCUUGCAGGGACUUUUACUGAAGGUGGUUCUCCUACUCCUAGAAUGAUUCCAUUGUCAAGAAAUAGCCCUAUAUUUUUUGGAAAUGGUUCAUAUGGAGGAAUUGGGGUGAAUAAUAGUGAGUUAACUGGUCGAAGUCGAAGAGUUGAGAGUGGGGACCAGAUGGAAAACAAAAAACAAUAUCAGCUUGAUUUAGAGAAGAUUCUGAGCGGGGAAGAUAUCAGGACAACUUUGAUGAUUAAAAACAUCCCAAACAAGUACACUUCAAAGAUGCUACUUGCAGCUAUUGACGAGACCCACAAAAAUACAUAUGAUUUCCUCUACUUACCAAUUGAUUUCAAGAAUAAGUGCAAUGUUGGUUAUGCCUUCAUCAACAUGGUGUCUCCUUCACAUAUUAUCUCUUUCUAUGAGGUAUUCAAUGGGAAAAGGUGGGAAAAGUUUAACAGUGAAAAGGUUGCGUCUUUGGCUUAUGCAAGAAUCCAAGGAAAAGCGGCUUUAGUUGCUCACUUCCAGAACUCGAGCUUAAUGAAUGAAGACAAAAGAUGUCGCCCAAUUGUCUUCCAGUCAGAGGGGCAGGAGACUGCAGACGAGGAACCUUUACCUUCCAGCAACCUGAAUGUUUGUAUUCGACGGCCUGAUGGGUCCUAUACCGGAGACUCCCUGGAUAGUCCCAAGGAUAAUCUCGAUGAGAAGCCAGCGACUUCUACAUUUACUGGAAGCGCCUGACCCUCAAAUACGAUGGCCGUGGAUUCUAACUGUUAAUAGCUAUUUCAGUACAUAUAAUAAGUCAGCAGCAAUGCGAAGAUUGCGUUGAGGUUGUAUGCUAGGCUGUGUCUGGUUUUUGGAUGGAGGACACUCGGGGCAUUUCCCGCAAGGCAGAGGGAACAUUUAACUUAUGUUAUAGCGCACGAAUUGGUGUUUAACACGGUGACAAGAAUUCCACCGUCCGGGCUGCUGGCGCAAGGCAUCUCCUUUGUGAUCUUACUUGUUCAUCGUUGUAAUUUCGUUGUAUAGUGUUUUGUUACGGGGAAUGCUAAGCAGGACACUAGUUAAGGAUGUCGGUUCAGUUCUUUUCGUUUUGUUUUGGACAACAUGGGAGUUUGGGGGCUCCAAUCUUUGUUUUACAAGUCCAAAAUAAAGAAGAAAAGGAUUGAAGAGACAACUUAAUUAUGGAAUGUCCUAAUAGUAAAACCCUUCUUGUAUAGUGGGUUUAGGGCAGUCUCUCAAGUGUAUAGGAUGCAGGCAAACAGAUCACCUGCAUCUUUUGAGUUUACUUGUGAUCAUGUACCUAGGAAACUGUUGCGUUUAUGAUGUUUUAAUGUACAUGGAAUUUUUUUCAAUUGUC